CGAUAACUAGCAAAUCAGCCAAUAUUUUUAUCUAAUCAAACCAUCCAAUAGCUCCAACUAACCGUCAUGUCUUUUAUUUGUGAAAAUUCAUGUAUUUGAGCACCAACCAAAUCUUUUUUUAUCUCUAAAUCCCAGCUCAACAGCUGCUUUUGUAAGCUUUUACCUGCCAAUAACGCUAACCCUUUAAAUACACUUACAUUUUAGCCUUCUCUACCAGUUGUCACUCCCACAUUUCUUUUCUUUUAGUUCUCUGUAUUCCUCUUUUCAGGAAUUUGGAGAGAAUUUUUGGAAAUUUUAUAAAAUCAAAAUAGUAAUUUGCAAUUACCCAAUAUAGAAAUGGAGAAAGCCAUGAUUCUUGUGUUUACCACAACUUUGUUAGUGUUAAGUACUUCUAAGGUAAAUGGUCAAAAAAAGGGUGUUCCAACCCCAUCACCAGCCCCAGCCCCUGCACCAGGACCAACCUAUGUAAACUUGACUGAACUCCUAAAUGUAGCUGGCCCAUUUCAUACUUUCUUAAACUACCUUGAAUCAACCAAAGUUAUUGAUACUUUACAAAACCAAGCAAACAAUACUGAUGAAGGUUUAACCCUUUUCGUACCCAAAGAUAGCGCCUUUUCGUCUCUUAAGAAACCGUCUUUGUCGAACCUAACCCAAGACCAACUUAAACAGUUGUGCCUAUUCCAUGCUUUGCCUCACUACUACUCACUUGCGGACUUUCGAAACCUUAGUGGAAUCGGGGGUGUCAACACCUUCGCUGGGGGCGAUUACUCGUUGAACUUUACUGAUGUGUCGGGUACUAUCCAUAUGACCUCAGGGUGGAGUGUCACUAAGAUUAGUAGCAGUGUUUGGUCUACUGAACCUGUUGCUAUUUACCAGGUUGAUAAGGUUCUCCUUCCUGAGGCGAUCUUUGGUACCGACAUUCCUCCUAUGCCGGCUCCUGCCCCGGCUCCUGAUGUCGCCCCGACUGCUGAUGCUCCUGCAGAUGCGCCAAAGGAUGCAGACACGCCCACUACCUCGCCAUUAAACUCAUCUAACUCGUGUCGAGCUAUGGCUAGUUUGGCUCUGGCAUUAGCUGGAGGACUUGUUUUGUUCUUGUAAGAAGGGAUUUUGUUGGUGAUGUAACUUAUAUGAAAUGGGUUUUUUUUUUUCCUAAUAGUUCCUUUGAUUGUUUUAUGAUUCUUUUGUUAAGGCAUUUUGUUCACAAGAUAUUAUACAUUGAAAAACAUUGUAUGUGAAUGUGAGAUUGAUUCUUA